GCGGCAGCUUCGGCGCGGCGGCGGCGGGGAGGAUGAGGAUGGUGGGAGGCAGCGACGAGCAGGCUUCGCCGGCCGCCACCGAGCUGAAGCGCAGGCGGAAGAGCCCCCGGCUGUCGGGCGCGGGAGGAGCGGCGCAGGCGGAGGAGGCCGCUCCCGAUCCCGGCCCUGGCGGCGCCGCGGAGGCAAACGAGCAUCCCUUUGGAAGUCCAGAUUCCUUGACUCGGCCCCCUAUUAGAGGAUAUAGAUGGGCAGGUAGUCCUUCAACUUCCUUCCUUCCAGAGCAAUCGAAAAAGGAAAAGGCUUAUGACAGCAAUGAACCCAAGAAACCAGCAGGGGAUCAGCUAGACACUGAUACACUGUUGAACGAAAGCAAGGCUGACUUCAUUGAGAAAAAGAAAGAGCACCACUCACCUACAUCACAAAACAGAAUUAAAUCUCUAGAUCGGCCCAGUACAGGGAAGCAGCCGCAGCCUUUGGCCAAAAGUGCUGGUGGAUUGCAGAGUGGAUUUCACAAGGGCUGGACUCUGUUACUGUUUAUUCUGUUAAUUAGUAUCCCAUUGCUUUGGGUCCUGUGGAGUGGAAUGCCAAGGUUUCUAGAUGCAAUGUCAAGUAGAGAUACUCAAAUUCUGCAAGCAUUUCGGGCCCGGAUGAGGAAACUCAAAAAUACUUACCAAAGUCAGGAUCCCAACCUAUGGAAGAGAACACACGUGCUCCUUGAGAAACACCUCAAUGCAUCCCAUCUGCAUUUGGAGCCAGCCAUUUUGCUGUUCGCAGCUGGCCAAGAGGCUGAGAAGGCGCUGAAUUGUUUAAGUAAUGCGAUUGCAGAUGCUUUUGCCUUCUCCCAGAAUGCUAGUGCAAUCAAAAUUAAUGGGGCAGACAAAGCUGUAUUGGAUAGCGAUAUUGUUAAGCUGGAGGUAGAUAAUGAGCUCAGCUCUGGGUUCAGAGGAGGCAAGAAGAUAGCAGUGGUGCAUCGAUUUGAAUUACUGCCUGCAGGCUCCACCUUAAUCUUUUACAAGUACUGUGACCAUGAAAACGCAGCGUUUAAGGACGUGGCUCUUCUGCUGACAGUUCUCCUGGAUGAGCAGUCUCUGAGAAAGAGCCUGACCUUGCAGGAAGUUGAGGAGAAAGUACGGGAUUUCCUCUGGACCAAGUUCACUGGUUCAGAUGUUCCUAGUUCUUUUAAGAACAUGGACACAGAUAAGCUGAGCGGACUAUGGAGCCGUAUAUCUCAUCUUGUCUUGCCCGUUUGGCCUGAAAAGAGCCUCUCUGUGGAGGGAUGCACAUAAAUUGUUAGAGAAUGAUCAGAAAAGGAGGAAGACAGAAAAUGUGUGUUGUAAUGGCUGAACGGGGCAGAACUUCCUACAGCUGCUGAGCUCGGGCAGCACACGGUGCUUUCUGUGCAAGGAAAUCCAACCAAUUGGCAAGGUUGUUUCUGCUAAGUAACUGGGACUUCUCUAAAACUGCAAAAUGUGAGAAAGGAAUGUAAUUCAUGUUAAGUUGUAUUUGGUAACUUACUCAGGUCGAGCACCCUGGAGCUGGAAACAGGUGUCCCCUACUGCAAAACAUUCAACUGCUUGUAAAGCAGUCUUGGUGUACUAUUGACUUUGCCCUGAGGAUCUCUUCUAGUGGUCGGAAAUGCUAGUACUGAGUGAGACAGAUAUUGGGAUGAAAAAGCUCGACUCCAUCUGACAAAUCGCUUUUCUUUUUGUCUGGGACAUUCAAUGAACUGAAAAUGAUAAUAAAGCAGUAUGAGUUCAAGUGCAAGCUGCUUCUUGGUCCAGUUGACUACAGCAUAGAUGUUAGCUGUCUCUGAGGACUUCUAGAAAUGGCAAAAUUGCUCAAGAGACCUGUGAUUUUUAGAGAACCUUUCAGCAAGGAUUUCUUCCUUAAAUGAGUCUGCCCCAAACAGCUCUGGAGAGCAAGGAAAAAGCUGAGGUACAAUGUUAGUAUUAGACAUCAGUUAAAUAAUCCCUCAGCACCCCUGCUGCCAAGAAUUUUCUGCUUUGUCAAGUUUUUCAAGUCUUAAAACUCGGGGAGAAAUGAUAAAUGUCAGCCUAGUGUGUGUGCGCGCACUGAAGACUUAACUGCAUCUCCUUUCCAAAUAAAAAUUUAGAAAGACAUAGGUUAUUUCUCAUUUUAAUAAGAUAACUAUUUUUGCAUCAAGAGGAUUUAUUUAUUUGUGGUACUGAGUAUCCUAGAAAAUAACUUUUCAUGUGUCUGCGUAUAACCUGCUGCUUACCAUAAAUUUUAGAGAAGAGCAGAUUUUCAACGCCUGUGUCUAAAAUAUAUUUUAUAGUGCUUCAUGCCAAGAAUCCUUCACAUCAAACUAAAAAGUAUGUACUUGUUUCUAUUGUAAAUAUUGUGUGUAUAUAUAAGAGAAUUGCAGCACUUCUAUUAUCAUUAUUGUUAGUGUAUGCUCUUGAGCAUUGGUCCGUGUAUGUUCAAUUUUAAUGCGCAUGAAGGAAUGCGUGAAGACUGGUCUCAAAUUAGGGGAAUAUUUUCUCGUAACAGCUGAGGGAUUUGUGACUCUUGGACACAUCCUUUAUUCAGAAGCUCCCCCUGAGCUACCCUGCUGUAAACAUCCUUCUUAAGCAGGAACACCUGUCAGAGGUGCUGGAGCCUCUGGCUUCAUUGUGCCAGUAAAGGUUUGGGGUUGGAUGUGGAGUGGACCAAAAUCACCGUAAAUGUACAAAGGAACACAGUUUCAGAGACUUGCAGCUGUAGUCACUUAAACCACAGGUGGGUUUGUUCUGAGCACUGAGAGCCAGAAAUGGACCGUGCUUUUUAUUUUAAUGUGAAGAAACAGAAACAGUAAAGAGAUGUGGAAGUGCUACUGUUCUAGAUGUUUAAGAAUCACUCAGGAAGAAAAAGAUGGCAUUUACAUUUUAGACAUUUCACUGGACAAAUGUUUUUUUUUUUAAUGUGACAUUUCUGAGUGUAUACUUGUUUGUAUAUUAUGUAAAAUAUUUUAGUAAUCAAUAAAAAUUUACUUGUUUUAUAACUUAA